CUCUGCCCUGGUGCUGCGCGCUUGAGUCGCCAACUCCAGAUCUCUACAGCAACCACCAUGUCCGACUACACUGUUCACGUGUCCAAUCUCUCGGCUACGACGACCGAGGAGACGCUAAAGAACUUCUUUUCCUUCUGCGGCUCAAUCAAGUCCGUUGAUCACUCUGGCACGGCCGCCACCAUCCACUUCGAGAAGCCGUCGUCGGUCAAGACCGCUGUGAUGCUCAACGGCGGUACCCUCGACGGCUCUGCGAUCGCUGUUACAGCCGACGCUGAUCACCCUGACGCGCACGACGGUCCUUCCGAUGGCACGACAAUCGACCAGGCCGACAAGCCCCGCGCCGCAGUCGUCGCGGAAAUCCUCGCGAAGGGUUACAAACUAACCGACGACAUCCUCCAACGCGCCAUCGAAGUCGACAAGCAGCGCGGGAUCUCGCAGAGGUUCAUCGCGUACCUGCAGAACCUCGACAAGACGCUCGGUGCGAAGGCAGUCGGUCCCGAGAAGACGCUGUCCGGCAAGGCUUUGGAGACCGCACAAGCCGCGACGCAGCAAGCAAAGGCGAUCGAUGAGCAGAAGGGCAUCAGCAAGGCAGCCGGCAGCUACUACGAACGUGCCCUUGCCUCCCCUCUCGGCCAGAAGGUCUUCGCCUUCUACACCCAGGCGUCCAAGCAGGUCCUCGAUAUCCACGAGGAGGCGAAGCGUAUACACGCCGAGCACAAGGCUGCGGCGCCAGCGCCUGCAGGCGGUGAGGCCGCUCCCGCUGCCACACCCGCUGCGCCCGCCGCUGCUGAGCCGAAGGUUUGAGGGUAUAGGUUGGUACGAUCAGUGAUGGGUGCAGGCGUGUUGAGUUAUUGAUUAUGUGGCCAUGUCAUUCUCUGGAUCGAUAUAUCGAACAGUGCACGCGCGAUGACCCGACAGACUCAACUACCCAUAGGGAUAAACUUUAAGUUGUACAUGUAUCGACGAUAUCCAAUGUGGAUAGCUAUGUUCUGUUCAUCUGCGGAAAUGGGCUUUGCGUCGGUGCGCUCACCA